AUGUCUUUGGAGGAGAAGUUACUGAAAAUCAAGUCGCCGAAUCUUCAGAGUCAACACCAUACUGCGGUAGUCCUUUCGUCCAUCGAAGAAACGCUGUCGGAGCAGAAGACCAAAUUUACACCCACAGCAUAUUUUGCUGCCCUUCUCGCACUCUUGAAGCAGUCUCCUUCGGGAGCGUCUCAGGACAACAACAAUGACAUCCUUGCUUCCACCGUCUAUCUCCUCGACCUGGUAACUUCCUAUGUGUCGGCGAGUCUGCUACGCAACCAGUUCAAUACCAUCAUAUCCCUCCUUGCGCCCUCCCUAAGCCCCUCGACUGCGAAUGCAUCCCUCCUCCGAUCCGCAAUUGGGUGUCUGGAAUCUCUUUUGGCGGCACAAGACUCGGCCGCAUGGAAGUUGCCACAAACCGAGGCCAGCCCGCGACAGGCUGUGCUGGUUCUCCUCACACUGGCGAUCGAUCCCCGACCCAAGAUUAGAAAGAGAGCUGGCGAAGCGUUGACGAAAGUGUUGAAGAACCCCCCUCCAGGCCCUGCAAUCGAUCACCCAGCCGCAGAACUGUGCGCGGUAGCGGCACAAAACAACCUGAAAAAUGCAGUCGAGUCAGCGGAUCAAACCAAACGCCAAAAAGGGAAAGCGGAUGACAGCAAUGAGCCUGCCGUCAUACAUGCGCUUCAACUGACCAAGUUGGUUGCUGUGGCUUCGGGUGGGUGGCCAAGUAAGAAGAUCGAGUCUCUAUGCGAACUGUUGCUGGCAAUCUCUCGCUCGAGAAACGACUUCCUCGUCAUGGGCGCAUUUGAAGUGUUCGAAAUCAUUUUUGAUGGUAUGCAGGACGAGGUUUCAUCAUCCAAAUUGCCCCGCCUAUUGGAUGCAAUUAUCGCAUUAAAGCCGGCUCAGAACGACUCGCAGUUGAUCCCCCCGUGGAUAGCCAUUGUAUCUCGCGGGUUCGGCGCAGCGGCAGCGGUCGAACCCGAAGACAUGUUUGCCAGAUUACCCGAACUUUUCGACAUGAUUGCUGCUUUCUUGACAAGUCCUGCGCAUAACAUCAGAAUUUCCGCCUCGGAAUGUUUGAUUUCUUUCUUCGCCAACUGUGGGCCUGGCAGUAGGCUCUCGGGCCCGUCGAGACACGAAGGAGAGUUGAUGGACCAAAUUGCUCAAAAGGCUCUUGGUCUGCUGGCUGUCAGAUAUCAAAGUGCGUGGUUGGAAGUCUUCAAUGUGCUGACAGCACUGUUUGAUUCUCUCCGAUGGCGUGGCGACCUAUCUCUUCUUCCCAUUGUGGGGGCCAUUGGCGAGUUGAGAAGCAAUGAAGCGUUUCAAGGCAAGAAGGAGGCAGACGAGGUUCUCGGCCACGCGAUCCGGAACCUCGGUCCUGGCACUGUUCUCAGCAUUCUUCCACACAAUCUGAUCAAGCCCAAGCCAGGCCAGCCUGGUCGAGCAUGGCUUCUUCCACUGCUCCGAGACUACGUAUCCAACACGGAACUUGCCCACUUCAAGUCAGAAAUGGUUCCACUCAGUGAAGCCAUGUAUCAACGAAUCCUCGAUCAUGGAAACGCCGAGAAGACAGUGGAUAUCAAGAUUUUCGAAACGAUUGUACAGCAGAUAUGGGCGACCUUUCCAGGCUAUUGCGAUCUGCCAGUGGAUCUAGAAUCAGCUGUGGAUCAGCCGUUUGCCGAAAUGGUCUCUAAUCUGUUGUAUCAGCAAACGGACCUUCGAGUCGAUAUCUGUAGAGGACUACAAAACUUGGUCGAGUCAAACCAGGCGCUUCUCGCAUCAGAUCUGAAUCAUGACGAGAUGUUUUCGGAACGGGGUAUGAACAAGGGCGAUGCCGAAUCUAACAUUCAGCAUCUCGCCGCGCUUGCCAACAACCUGCUUGCGGUUCUUUUCAACGUGUAUAGCCAAACACUUCCUCAGUCGCGAGCCUACAUCUUGCAGUGCAUAAACGCAUACCUCAGUAUUACCCCGGAGAAGGAUCUGAUCGACACUUUCGAGCGUGUGUCAACAAUGCUCGAAGAUGCACUUCCUAGACCCGAUCAACCCGCUCCCAAGAAAGAACCCAGCCAGGCAUCAACUACCAAGUUACCACCGACGUCCCACACUCUUCUCGACCUUGUUAUAGCACUCUCUGUCCAUCUCCCCCGUUCGACGUUCGCGUCACUCUUCUCCAUAUCUUCAAACAUCCUUACGAACCCUGCGAUCUUGAAGUCGGAUCCUCAGCUCAUCAAGAAGGCUUACAAGCUCAUCCCGCGCUUGUCCACUUCAGCAAUUGGUGUUGAGGCCCUGACAUCGCGGAACGCGGAGCUCCAAUCCCUGAUCUUACGGACCUCCGAAAUGACUCCCGUGCCUGCGCGCAGGGACCGAAUCCUUGCCAUCCAAACUCUCAUCUCUUUCCUCCCCCUUUCAGAUUUGCACUUCAUACCCAGCAUUCUGAGCGAAGUUGUGCUCGCGUGCAAGGACUCAAAUGAAAGAGCUCGAACCGCAGGAUUUGACCUCCUCAUCGCAGUCACCAACAAGAUCUCCGAUCCCGCUAAUCCAUCGGGGACAGUCAUACGAAAUAGCCUUGUUGCACAUAUGCCAGAUGAUUCUCCAGAUGCUCCGGCCACGUUAGAGGAAGUUUUCACCAUGGUAAGCGCGGGUCUCGCAGGAGUUGCACCCCACAUGGUCGCUGCAAGUAUUAUUGCUUUGAGCAGACUACUAUGGGAGUAUCACGCGAGGCUGGGAGACCAGACGAAAGAAGAGCUCGUCGACACGGUGACCAUGUUCCUGCAAAGCAACAACCGAGAGAUUGUGCGUGCUGUGUUGGGGUUUGUCAAAGUCAUGGUCGUUGUGUUACCAGUGCCGAUGCUCGAGCCUCGCAUGCCGAGCAUAGUCCCCGGACUAAUGGUCUGGAGUAAAGAGAACAAGGGCAGACUGAGAGCGAAGGUAAAAGGGAUCUUGGAUCGGUGUAUGAGACGCUUCGACUCUAGCAAAGUCGAGAGUUGGGUCGGUGGCGACGAUAGAAAGAUGGUGGUCAACAUCCGGAAACGACGCGAGCGGGCACAAAAGAAGAACAAGAAGCGCGAUGAUGGCGACGAGGAGGCGGAGGCCGACGAAGGACGGGAGAGGUAUGAUAACGAAUUUGAUGAGGCCGUCUAUGGAUCCGAGGACGAUGACUCGGAGAUCGAAGGCGGUGAUGAUCAGAGCGACGAUGAUGACGAUACGAUGGCCAAUGGCGUGCCAUUCAAGAAGACAAAGGGUAAAUCGCGGUCUCAGCAAUUCAUAAGACAGGACGACGAGGAUGACGAGCCCCUGGACUUGCUUGAUCCGAAGAGCAUGGCCAACAUUUCGAGUAAGAAACUAGGUCGACUUCGGGAUGGUCAGCCUGGCUCAAGAAAGACAAAGGCCAAAUUCAACGAAGACGGAAAGCUCGUGCUCGGGGGCGACAACGAUGACGAUGACGACGACAUUGACAUGGCCAAUACCGACGGCCAGGGCCAGGACACUUCGAUCAAUGCCUACCUGGAUGCCGUUUCUGGUGUGGAUGCGGUCCGACGGGGACAAAAGGGAAGACUGAAGGUUAAGAGUGGCAUGCAAAAGAAGGCCAAACAAGAGACCAGGGAUAGGGACGGUGAGAUGGACCUUGACGUUGACGAGGCACGGGAAGUGGCGAGAAAGAUCAUGCAAGGCUCCGGCGGAAGUCCACGAAGCCCAGGGGCAGGAAGUGCCAGAAACGAUCCCAAGCAUCAGCGGCGAGGACUCGGUGUGGAGAAGAAGAAGAUGACGAGCAAGGGGCCAUCAUCGACACAGAAGCAAAAGUUCCGAGGGGGACACGGUGUCGGAAAGAGAGGAAGGGGUACUAGUCAUGCCAGAUGA